CGCCCUCCCGCCCGAGCCCGGGGAAGCGGAGACGCGGAGGCGGCCCGGCCCUGCGCCCGCACGAUGCCCGCCGCGGAGCCGGGCGCCGCCGUCCUCGUGGAGCUCGCGGAGGCGACGACGCUGCGGGCCGCGGGGCCGAGGCGGCGAGGGUAGCGGGGCCGGCGUCGGCCCCGAGGCGCCGGAGGCGGGUGCAGCGGGAGGAGGAGCGGCAGGCAGCCUCCGCGGCGCGGCGGGCGGGCGGCGGCCCUGCCGCCCCGGCGCGCCCCUGGCCCGGGAGCCCGGAGAAUGCGAGCUGCGCUCCCCGCCGGCCGCCGCCUCCCCCCGCGCCGCGCGCCCGGCGCCCCCCGGAGCUGCUCGCGUCGCCGCCGCCACCCGGGUGCGGGCGGCCGGCCGCUGGCCGCGCUAGGACCCGCCGCCGCCGGCCGCCGAGGGCUGGUGGGAAGGGAGGAGCGGGAGGGCCCCGGAGACUGGCGCCCGCCGGGGCGCAGCGCGGCAUGUAGCUGCGGGCUCCCGCGCGAGGGUGUCGGCCCGGGGCCCCGCCAUGGCUGGGACGGACAGCGGGAACCUGAAGACGGUGAGGCUGUGGCGGGACGCCGCCCUGCGCGCCAGGAAGCUGCGGAGCAGCCUGCGCCAGCUCACCCUCAGCGCGGCCGGGGGCUGCCCGGGGGCCGACCAGCUCGACUCCCCCGACGUCCCCCAGCUCGUGCUGCCGGCCAACAUCGGGGACGUUGAGGUGCUGAACCUGGGCAACAACGGCCUGGAGGAGCUGCCCGACGGCCUGGGCUCGGCACUGGGCAGCCUCCGCGUCCUGGUCCUGCGCCGGAACCGCUUCGCCCGGCUGCCCCCGGCGGUGGCCGAGCUGGGCCACCGCCUCACCGAGCUGGACGUGAGCCACAACCGGCUGCACGUCCUGAGCGCCGAGGUGGUGAGUGCCCUGCGCGAGCUGCGGAAGCUCAACCUCAGCCACAACCAGCUGCCCGCCCUGCCCACCCAGCUGGGCGCGCUGGUCCACCUGGAGGAGCUGGACGUCAGCUUUAACCGCCUGGCGCACCUGCCCGACUCCCUCUCCUGCCUCUCCCGCCUGCGCACCCUCGACGUGGACCACAACCAGCUCACGGCUUUUCCCCUGCAGCUGCUGCAGCUGGCGGCCCUGGAGGAGCUGGACGUGUCCAGCAACCGGCUGCGGGGCCUCCCUGAGGAUAUCAGUGCCCUGCGUGCCCUCAAGAUCCUGUGGCUGAGCGGGGCCGAGCUUGGCACCCUGCCCAGUGGCUUCUGCGAGCUGGCCAGCCUGGAGAGCCUCAUGCUGGACAACAACGGGCUGCAGGCUCUGCCUGCCCAGUUCAGCUGUCUGCAGCGACUCAAAAUGCUCAACCUCUCCUCCAACCUCUUUGAGGAGUUCCCUGCCGCACUGCUGCCCCUGGCCAGUCUGGAGGAGCUCUACCUUAGUCGCAACCAGCUCACCUCUGUGCCAUCCCUGAUCUCGGGCCUGGGCCGUCUUCUCACCCUGUGGCUGGAUAAUAACCGGAUCCGCUACCUGCCGGACUCCAUCGUGGAGCUGACCGGCCUGGAGGAGCUGGUCCUGCAGGGGAACCAGAUCGCUGUGCUGCCAGACAACUUUGGCCAGCUGUCCCGGGUGGGCCUGUGGAAGAUCAAGGACAACCCGCUGAUCCAGCCCCCCUACGAGGUCUGUAUGAAGGGGAUCCCCUACAUCGCAGCCUACCAGAAGGAGCUGGCUCAUUCCCAGCCGGCGGUCCAGCCCCGCCUCAAGCUGCUCCUGAUGGGCCAUAAGGCUGCAGGAAAGACCCUGCUCCGUCACUGCCUCACCGAGGACAGAGUGGAGGGGAACCAAGGAGGAGGGGACAAGGAGAAAAGCUACCCACCUUCACCUCCUCCCGUGAGCAAGGGCAUCGAGGUGACCAGCUGGACAGCGGAUGCCUCCCGGGGCCUGCGGUUCAUCGUGUAUGACUUAGCCGGAGAUGAAAGUUACGAGGUGAUCCAGCCCUUCUUCCUCUCCCCGGGGGCCCUUUAUGUGCUGGUGGUGAACUUGGCCACCUACGAGCCACUCUGCUUUCCCACCACCGUGGGCUCCUUCUUGCAUCGGGUGGGGGCCCGGGUGCCUCACGCCGUGGUGUGCAUUGUGGGCACACACGCUGACCUGUGCGGGGAGCAGGAGCUGGAGGAGAAGUGUCUGGACAUCCACCGCCAGAUCGCCCUGCAGGAGAAGCACGACGCCGAGGGGCUGAGCCGUCUAGCCCGGGCGGUGGACGAGGCUCUGGCCCGGGACUUCGAGCUGCGCUCCGCCAGCCCCCACGCAGCCUACUACGGUGUGUCCGACAAGAACCUCCGGCGGCGCAAGGCCCACUUUCAGUACCUGCUCAACCACCGGCUGCAGAUCCUCUCCCCCGUGCUGCCUGUGAGCUGCAGGGACCCGCGCCAGUUACAGCGCCUACGGGACAAACUGCUCUCGGUGGCCGAGCACCGGGAAAUCUUCCCCAACCUCCACAGAGUGCUGCCUCGAUCCUGGCAGGUGCUGGAGGAGCUGCACUUCCAGCCCCCUCAGGCGCAGCGGCUGUGGCUCAGCUGGUGGGACUCGGCUCGCCUGGGCCUGCAGGCAGGGCUGACCGAGGACCGGCUCCAGAGCGCCCUCUCCUACCUGCACGAGAGCGGCAAGCUGCUCUACUUUGAGGACAGCCCGGCCCUCAAGGAGCACGUCUUCCACAACCUCUCCCGCCUCAUCGACAUCCUCAACGUCUUCUUCCAGAGGGAUCCUUCCUUGCUGCUGCAUAAGCUGCUCCUGGGAACCAGCGGCGAGGGCGAGGCCGAGAGCCGGGGCGAAGGCUCCUCACUGAUGGCGCCACCCGCCCCGAGCCAGGACGCGCUCCGGGCCACGCAGCUCCAUCAUUACGUGGAGGGCUUUCUGCUGCACGGGCUCCUGCCCGCCCACGUCAUCCGGUUGCUGCUGAAGCCUCACGUCCAGGCUCAGCAGGACCUGCAGCUGCUGCUGGAGCUGCUGGAGAAGAUGGGACUCUGUUACUGCCUCAACAAAGCCAAGGGCAAGCCUUUGAAUGGGUCCACGGCGUGGUACAAGUUCCCGUGCUAUGUGCAGAACGAGGUGCCCCACGCGGAGGCCUGGAUUAACGGGACCAAUCUGGCCGGGCAGUCCUUUGUGGCUGAGCAGUUGCAGAUUGAAUAUAGUUUUCCCUUCACCUUUCCACCCGGCUUGUUCGCACGCUACAGCGUCCAAAUCAACAGCCACGUGGUGCACAGGUCGGAUGGCAAACUUCAGAUCUUUGCAUACAGAGGGAAAGUCCCUGUGGUGGUGAGUUACAGACCUGCCAAGGGGGUCCUGCAGCCGGACACCCUGUCCAUUGCCAGCCACGCAUCCUUACCGAACAUAUGGACGGCAUGGCAAGCCAUAACCCCCUUAGUAGAGGAACUGAAUGUCCUGCUUCAGGAAUGGCCUGGACUGCACUACACCGUGCACAUCCUCUGUUCUAAGUGCCUUAAGAGAGGGUCGCCCAAUCCACAUGCUUUCCCAGGGGAGCUGCUGAGUCAGCCCAGACCGGAAGGAGUGGCAGAGAUCAUCUGCCCCAAGAACGGCAGCGAGCGAGUGAAUGUCGCCUUGGUUUACCCACCCACACCGACUGUGAUCAGCCCGUGUUCCAAGAAGAGCCGGCUCCGUAACCUGAGAGGAUUCUGGGUCGAGCAACCCACGCGGACCCCUCCCUCCAGCUGCGGGCCUCUGUUUCCACUGUCCUACCCGGCAGCUCCCUUGGACGUGCCGGGGGCUCCACAGAGAAAAACGUUGGUGAAAAGCACAGAAACCAGUGACUUUUAUGGCUGUGGAAUUUCCGUGGAGAAAAGAGCAUCAGAGUGCACCUGGACCAUCAUUUGUACCCGGCAAACCCUCCACACUCCCAGGCGUGUUCUCUGAAUUUGAGUGCAUGUGUGUUCAGGGUGCUUUCAGAGGAGGAAGCACACCUAGACUGUAGACGAGGUGGGGAGGGGCAGGGGGGAAAGGACGAGAGAGAAUAUGGAGCAAAUGUUUUACAACCUGAACCUCAGAACUGUGAUCCUCCAAGGAGAGCGCUACUUGAAGAAAAAAAAAAAAAAGUUGAAUGGCUUCUCAGGGAUUUUGUUUUCCGUGCACAUAUAAGCCAUAAUUCCAGUACAGGUGGCAGUAUUUAGAGCACUCAGAUUUCAGUUCUGUUCAAUGUGAAAGAGGGAUCGACUGACCAUUCAUUGCUGUUUCAUAACUAGUGUAAAAUAUGUAUAUGUUUCUUUAUUUUUAUAAUAUGCAAAUACAUUUAAAUUUAUACAGUUUGAAGCUUCUAGCGUUAGUUAACACUGGGUGCAAUAUUCUGAUAAGAACUGUGCCAAGAUGGGGCUGAUUUCUUAUUUUAGCAUAGGACCUUUUGUUUAUUCUUUAUUCUUUAAUCCUUCGCAGAUUUAAAAAAAAAAAAAGAUACCUAUCUCUCUGCCCAUGGAUUAAGUGUUGGUUCAUAGAGGUUGACAAUAAUCAGCAAGACCUUUAAACAUGCAUUUCAGGCCAUGUCCCCUCCCCUCCUUUUAAGGAAAAGGUCCCUGCCUGUAAACCACUGGACAGGGUGGGAGGAUUAUUCCUUUUCUUUGCCCACACACAUCACUAACGCUGGGCAGAGUCUUCCUUGCUCUAGGCUUUGUGAUGACUGUGAGCGGUCACUGGGUGAUAGUCUGAUGGAGGCCGGGGGAUUAAGAUUCUUCAGGGGAGGGGGAUUAAGGGAUCCCCAAAUCCAAGGAAAAGCAGAGUCUUGCAAUAGCUUCAGAUAAUCAGGAGUCAGUUCUGAAGCAUGUAAAGAGCUCUGCUAAUAAGUUCUUUUUCUUCCCCCAGAACAGAGUGUGAAAUUUAGCAAAGCUCUCUGAAAGCCCUCCACAUCUGGUGUCAGACCAUACCAUAGUGAGUUGCCUAAUUGGAGCGCAGAAGCCCAAACAGGUUAUUGUAUAAAUCCAGAGCCUCUGACUGGAUGGUCUACUGCCAAGAACUAGUAAAACCCUGGUUUUAAAAUCACCACACAGUAGAACUUAGAAAGCCAACCAACCAAACUGCUCUCUCUUCUCCUCCUCACUGGGGCCAAACAGCAUCUGCUGCAAUAGCAACGCAUUCUCUGAAGGGUUAAGGGUGUGCAUGACUCUUUACAUCUGCCUCCUCUGGGCACUGACUGAAAAUGUGUAACACUGUUUCUCAGCCCUAAGGCAAGAAAAGUGAGUCAGCUGGUAUUCUUCUUUCACUUCUCCUGUAAAGUACUGACUCUUGGAAUGCCAGCGUAUACAAAGUCGCCACAUAUUUUUGAAAGAAAUAACAAACAUUGCGGAAAAAUCAUGGAUCAAUUUUGGUAGAUUAUUUUGUGCCCCAGGAGUUAACUUUAUUAACUCCAGAACCUCUAGUUAAACAGGCAUGACUUCUUAUAAUCAUAAAAUCAAAUGGGAUCAGGCUACUGCUGCAUUUUAAUACUUGAAUAUGACACCUCAAAUUUGCAAUUUCAUUUUCUUUUGGAACUUCACAAGAUUCACCUUGUUAAUCCUUCUGUCACAGUUGUGUGCGUGUGCAUAUGUGUGUGUGUGUAAGUGUAAACUGAAUUUAAUUGCUUUAUGGACCAUUGAAUUGUUGGGCAUAAAAGUUUUUUCAAUUGGCACAAGACAGUUCCUAAACUGUCAAAUUAACUGACUUUGACCAGAAAAAGACUCGUAGAUGUGACUUCAGGCUAACUCCCCAAGGGACCAUAAUAGAUGGAAAAAAAAAAAAUGCUCCUUUGGGUGACAUACCCUGCAAAGUGUGUGCUCUUAUGAUGAACACAGAUGCCCACGUUCUCAAUAUCUGCUAUUUUUGGACAAAUGAUGUUUUGUACUGUCAUCUGAACCCUAGAGAAGCAGUGUAAGAAGAAAUCUUGGUGUCACAUGUAUUUUAGCAAAACGGUCAUCAUGAUAGAGGGUCAUGUGACCAGAAGCAGCUCCAGAAAAGCUUGAGAACUUGCUUCACAGUGAGGGGAGGGCCGGAGAUACAGAAAACAGUCUGCUCUAUAGGAAUUUUCUUCAUCUAUGCUGGAAAUUCCACUUUCUCUUUCAACACCUGGGAAGACGCAGCCCGGGAGGCUGACAGGCAAUUCACUAAGCACAAGGGGAAUCUUUUCCAACCAAGUUGCCCCUGCCUUGCAAACAAACGCCCUCCAAGUUUGUUAUGGUUUCUAUUCCUGCGUUUGUGGUAUCAAAACCACUUCCUGGAAUUGUAAGAGCGCUGCCAGAAUAAAUGUUUCCCCUUCCAAGAGAAAAACGACAGUGCUCAUACUUCACACUCGUGCACCGGACUCUUCUGAAUGAAUAAAAUGGAAAGGGUUUGCUGUCCUUCCUGAUGGGGUGUGUGUGUUCUUUUUCAUGCCACAGUUUGUGGAUUGUAAUUGUGGUUUCCUAUUUAAUUGUCGUAACCGGGCAGAAAUCAAAAAAAAAAAAAUAAAUAAAAAAAGUUUAAUAAAAACACAAAGAAAUGGU